AUGACGGUGCCGAUCAUUCUGGAGGAGAUGAUAGAGUCCAGCCAGUGUAUUGGCAUCCUAAAGCCAUUAGACUUUGUUGCCGUUGGAGGUGGCGCGAUCAAGAGAAAGGUGGGUGAGCUUCUGGCCGCCAACGGCGUCAGACUCCUCAAUCACUACGGCGCCACAGAGAUCGGGCCCAUUGCCCCCAUCUUUAUUCCGUCCGAAGAUUAUGACUGGAACUAUCUCCGGAUUCGCACCGACCUCGGCCUGCGCGUCGUCGACCUUGAAUUUGACCAGAGCGCAGCAGAAGCCCCGCGUUGCCAACUGAUCGGGUUCCCAUUCGGCUGGCAGCAGCCCUAUAAUGUGCCCGAUCUCCUGGAGAAAAGGCCGGGUUCCACGUUCCUUGAGGUACGAAUCUUGGGCCGCAAUGAUGAUCUCAUUGUGCUCUCGACUGGUGAGAAAGUGCGACCUGGCAAAUUAGAAAACGCCCUACAGGCGACAGAUCUCAUCCAGACGGCCCUCGUGUUCGGGGAACAUCGCGAGGAAAUCGGGGUCCUUGUGGAACCCAGGCGGGCGAUCCCUUCGCAGGACCUUUCACAAUUCCUAGCAACUCUCUGGUCUUUGGUUGAGGCUCAGAACUGUGACUUGGAUCGCCAUGCCCGAGUUUCUUCGAUGGAUAUGAUCAUUGUGAAGCCCGAGGGCAAGUGUCUGCCUUUGUCUGAUAAGGGCUCAGUAAUGCGCAAGGAGGCUUAUGCGCGCUUUCAAACGGAGAUAGACGCCGUCUAUUCCCAACGCACAGGCAACGGAAGUUCGAUUACUCUGCUUUCACCAGAGUCAGGGAAACUCGAAGCCGAUCUGAGAGUGUUGGUCGAGCGGUGCGUCCACGAUCGAAUUGCUGGUCGGCCAUGGACAAAUCAGCAUGAUUUCUUCGAGCUGGGAAUGGACUCUCUGGAAGCGUCCCGUCUGGCGCAGCUUUUGAACCGCGUGCAGGACAAGUCUGCGUUUGCUGUUCUGCGCGACGGCCCCGUCAAGCCAAGUUUUAUCUACCAACAUCCCAGCGUGGUUGCCUUAGCGGCUGCCCUGCAAUCGGGAGAAUGCGCUGGUGAAAACGUAAAUCGAGUGCGCGCCAUGACCGACCUUGUGACUCGGUUCUCACCCUCUUCAUCAACAACCUCCAACCGUGUGGUCCUGAUCACAGGAUCAACUGGCAGCCUAGGAGUGCACCUCCUCCAGGAGCUCUGUAGGGACGUUAGCGUGAACCAGGUCAUUUGUCUGAUGCGACGGGCCCAUGGCGAUGAGAAUGCUGACGACCUUGACGAUCUUCGGGCUCGUCAGGAGAGAGCCAACUCCGCCAAGGGAGUGCAUCUCACCGACGAGGCAUGGGCAAAGAUCACCUUACACGAGGCCCGGCUAGACGACCACACUCUUGGGCUGGACGGCGAAACGUAUGCACAGCUGACAGGUGCAGUUACAGACGUUUUGCACAAUGCUUGGCCAGUGAACUUCCAACGCACGCUGCACUCGCUGGAACCGCAAAUACAAACUGUCAAAAGCCUUAUACACUUUUCCAUCCAAUGCCAACGCGACCGGUCACAUCUGACCCCGAGAUUGAUCUUCAUAUCUUCUAUCGCAGUGGGGGCUCGCUUUCCGUCUACCGUGCUCCCUGAGAUCCUGAUCACGGACCCGACCAGCACGGCGGCACUAGGCUACGCUGAGGCCAAAUGGGUCUGUGAACGCAUCAUCGCCGAAAGUCUGGCUGUAUUUCCGGGCCGGCUGCAGCCCUCGAUUGUCCGCUUGGGUCAAAUCACGGGGGCGACUGAGUGCGCGCGAUGGAAUCAGAAUGAACACAUCCCGGCGAUUCUCAAGGCAUCGCAGAUCGUCGGUGCAAUGCCAGAGAUAAAUGGGACCUACUCCUGGAUCCCAGUUGAAAUCGCUGCCAAGGCCAUCCGCGAUAUCCUCACUACCUCGCAACCAACGAAUCUGGUGUAUCACGUCGAAAAUCCAGUGAGACAGCCCUGGAAGGCCCUGCUAACUGUCCUCGCCUGCCAGCUCAACUUGCCUUCUCCGGCGCCAAUCCCUCUAGACCUGUGGCUGCGCAAGGUUGAUUCACAGACCAACUUAUUGUCCGAGUUGGAAGAUUUCCUGCGGGGGGAGUUUCUGCGACUGGCCGGAGGAGGUCUCAUUUUGGAUACUACCCAGGCGCGAAAGGUCUCCUACACCCUUCGGACGUGUAACGGGGUUACUCCAGAUCUUGUCUGCAAGUACAUUGACGUGUGGCAGAAGGAGGGCUUUCUCCAGUGA